UGAAAAUCCAAACGUAUCGCCGACCUAGAAUUAAAGCCGGAAGUAAGUUAUGAAGGUUACCACUGUCGAAAAGAAAUUCAACAUUUUACCGAAUCGGACAGAAAGCACCUUAGUUUAAAUGGCAGCAGCACAAGGAACAUACAACCCCUUACUUUCCAAAAAGAUGCCAAGAGAAUACAAGCGACAGUUAAGUAAAGAUGACAUAGGCAACCAAGCUAGAGUAUUGUUGAACCACUUCAUCCACGACAGAAUAUCUCGUGAACAAGGAGAGGAACAAGUGCCAUCUACCGAGGAACUUCAAGAACCAGGUACCCCAACAGGUCCACCAUUAGAACACAUUCAAGAAAUAGGACGAGCAUUACGAUGUAUAGGAGAUGAAUUAGACAAAAAUGAAAACAUUCAGAGUUUAUGUUCACAAGUUUCUCCAGAAGCAACAACAGAUACAUUCCUAACAGUGGCUAAGAGUUUUUUCUCCGAUGGAGUUUAUAACUGGGGACGUGUAGGCAGUCUAUUUUAUUUUGCCUAUAAAAUGGUAGUCAAGGCCUUGAAUAAAAUAGCAUUAAUAAGAGCAAUAAUAAAUUGGGUGGUGAACUUUAUAACAGAUUAUGUUGCCCCCUGGAUUAUAGAGAGAGGAGGUUGGGAAGCCAUUGAAGAAUAUUUUGGAACACCAAAAAACCAGAUGAUGUUUGUUUUAGGACUUGGGGCAUUAACUGUUGUAGGAGUGUAUAUAUAUAAAACUUGGAACUGAUUGCUGUAGGCACUGUAAAUUUUUAAGCUUCUGAUUUGUCAAUAACAAAUUUUAGGCAACUAUUUUUAAACAAUAAGUCUGACAACUAAGAGAACUAUUGUAUAUUUCAUAAUUAUGAUGAUGAACUGGUACCAUGCAUGUUAUGUUAAACUGGUACCAUGCAUGAGAGUACAGGACCAUAGUCAGCACUUUUUUGAUAAAUUUGUUAUCGCUAAGAUUUUAAUUGUUCAUAAGUCAAGAUCAAGGUCACCAUAACAUUGUAUAAUGACAAGUUGCUGCAAUAACAGAAAAAAAAUCUUGCAAUAAAAUGAAUUUAGGUAUAUACCCAAAACAGUGUAAAAAUGUAAACAUGUUUUUGUUUUUUUAAUAUAAAAACUAAUGUUUCUCAUUUAUACUGUAUUUUUACAUUGUCCAUAUUAUCAUUUGUAGAUGAUCGCACACAUACAAGAAUUUCAUUUGUAUUUGUAUAAAGAAGAAAAAAUGAAUAAAAUACAAAAUUAGAAAAAAACAGCAUUCAUGAGGUUCCUUUAAUCUAAUUUCAUUCUGCUAUCAUCAAAAUAAAAUGUUGCUGUAUGCUGGACACACAGCCUGACCUCACUUUAUUGCAAUUAUUUUUUACACUUUUUGAUUGGUCCAAUUUUGUAAUUGAUAUUUGAAGUAAAUAAGUUUUAUAAUUUGUUUUGGUAAAACUGUUUUAAGAGAGUGUAACAGAACUGGAUUUUCAUAAUUUUCCUGAUCUUUUUUUCUGUUUUUUAUUAAAUAUCGUAAAAUUGAUUUUGUUUAAAUGUGGAAGUCAUCUAAAAUGAUUUUCAGCUUGGGUUUCAAUCAAAUUAAAUUAAAUUUAUUUGUUUCGAAUUACUUCCCUUGGAUUAAUAGCAAAAGCUUCAGUUGUCAACCCCCCUUUUGUUUUAUUUUUUGAUAUAAAGUAAUUUUCGGGCAAGUGAUUGUACCAGUCUUCCAAAUUUCAUCCAAAAAUAAUCUUUUAACAUAGGCAACUGGUUAAGACACGUAUCAAACAGUUUCCAGGAUGUCAGUUUGUGAAAAACCAGAGUUAACCAUGUAAUGCAUUUUAUUUUUAUGAUUUGUCAUACACUUACAUGUUGUUCCACAUUGGUUGUAUUAAUUGGUGCAAACACAUUCAUAACCAAUAAUAAGGGAUCAGUGGUCACCUGGUCAGUUUGGUUCUCUAGAUGGUCAGUAAUUGAUUCUGACAUCCUAUGCAGCAUCUGUCCACCCCAUCAUUCAUGUACAGAUAAAAAUCCAUGGUAAUUACAUUUAAAAAAAAUACCUCAACAGUUGACAAGUACAAUCAUUGAUAUGACCAAAACACAAUCUUAUAACUGUUUUACAUAGAAACAAGUAUGCAGUCUUGUGCUCAUUUAUGAACACAUGCACCCCAAAUCAGACAGGAACAUUUGUCUCAAUUGAGCAGAUUACAAAGCUCAAUAGAGAAAUUGUGUAAAUUAGAUUUACAAUAUCCAAUGGAAUAAUUCCCCAUCAGAAAGGGUGAUAAGUUUCCUUGCCUGAACACAUUAAUUUCCCAACAGUCAUGACAGUUACGCAAAGAUGCAGACAGUAAAGGUUUAUAUCAUUGAAAAUUUGAUCCUUUGAUUUUUUCGAAAUACAGUGAAAUCUUAAUCGGUUGGACUGGAUGAUUUGUUGGCAGUAGUACCAUGUUUAUUGUAAACCAAAGUUUAGUCAAUCUGGUUCUUAACUGUUGCUACACAGAGAUCAACAGUCAAUCGAAGAAGACGUUACUAAGUUGUAUAACUUGUGUCUGAUCCUUUUGUCAUUUUGAACAAUAAAAUAUGUUUAAACUAACAGUCAAUCUAGCUUAUAUAGGUCAAAACACAACUUAUUACACAAUCUAAGUUUUGUCUAGAAGUAAGGUUACAUUGGUAAUAAAAAAGGAUCAAAUUAGUUUUCAUUGUUAAAGUCUUUUAAAACGCCAGCUUACAUGCUAUUGAUUAAGGUAUGAAGCAUUUAUUCUACACAGUUAUACACUUUUGAUUCAGUUAACUGACAAUCAAUGUUAUUUGUUUGUUUGGUGGAGGCAUGUUACUGACUUUAUGAAGGUAAUCAACUUAUAAGAGUCCUCUCAAACUGAACCAAUCUUAUGAGACCUUUUGCUUCCUUUAAGAAUAAUGUAAAAUACAAUAGGCCACUAACUAUCUCUGAAAUGUUUUACUUCACCACAUUCUAAAAUUUCUUAGCUAAAGGUCAUAAGUUAGAAGGUUACAAAAUGACCAACAUGCUCAUUGUUGCCCUAAUACAAAUCAAAAGUAUCUAAACUAUGUUGAAAAAAGGUCUGUUAAUUAUUCAGACUGCAAUAAUUUAAUAGAAUUACUACAGGACCAAGUCCACAGAGUAGAUGUUUAGUCACAAGUUUUAUUGUGUCAUUAGAAUUUAAAGAAAAAACAUGGAGUAGAGUUCAUAGAACAAUGUACAAAUGUAUUUGUAAUCAUUUGUCAAUGUAAACAAUAAAUUCAUCAAUUUUCA